AGUGAGCGAGAGUGUGCGUGCCGGCGCGCGCGCGCUCUUGCAAUUCCAAAAUUAAUGGCCAUGAGUUCUUUCUUGAUCAACUCCAACUAUGUGGACCCCAAAUUCCCACCAUGCGAAGAAUAUUCCCAGCACGAUUACCUUCCCAGUCAUACUCCGGAAUAUUUCAGCGGCCAGAGGCGACAGGAGAACUCUUUCCAACACGAGGCGUUGUACCCAGCGCGGUCCGCCUGUAACCAACCAUCCUAUCCUCCAUGUCAGGGCUCUGGGCACCAGCCACCGGUCCUCUCCCCCAGGAGCCAACAUGCUCCGGCUGGACUUCAGAACCAUCUCUCCGAACCAAAUCAUACUUGCGAAUCCAUCACGCCAAGCCCACCGCCUUCCUGUAGCCAAAACUCUCUGAACCAAAGCCCUGGCAAAGAGCCGGUAGUUUAUCCUUGGAUGAAGAAGGUUCAUGUUAGCACGGUCAACCCCAACUACACCGGAGGGGAGCCCAAGCGCUCCAGGACAGCCUACACGCGGCAGCAAGUGCUGGAGCUGGAGAAAGAAUUUCACUACAAUCGCUACCUCACCCGGAGGCGAAGGGUGGAAAUCGCUCAUUCCCUUUGCCUGUCCGAGCGUCAGAUCAAGAUAUGGUUUCAAAACCGGAGGAUGAAAUGGAAAAAAGACCACAAAUUACCCAAUACUAAGAUCCGAUCAAAUUCUGCUGCCAACCUGCCAAUGCCAGGCGGAGCAGGCGGGCCUCAGGACCGAACCAAUGGGCCAACCCCGAAACCCACCCCCAAUCUAUAA